UUUUCUUACCUUAACCUAAAUGGGAUAUCUUUGAAUUGAAGGAAUGGAAUUAACUAGUGAUUUGGUUAAGUACACCUAUGAAGACUUGAAUUCUAUCACUGAGGGCUUCAGUGCCGAAAACUUUAUUGGGAAUACCCAAUAUGGAAAGGUGUUCCGGGGAAAUAUUCAGCAAGGUUUGGAGACUCAAGUGGUUACUGUGAAAAUAUGGGUAGAGUUUGGUUGUUGGUCAACUGUUCCAAGUCGUCAGGUAUCUAGAUGGGAAAAAGAAAUCAAGCUACUGACAGAUCCAGAUGUGAAAGUGCAUCCAAACACGGUAAAGUUGAUUGGGUGCUGCGGUGAAAAUGGACAGCUUGGUGUUGUGUAUGACUUACAACCAAUUAACUCUCUGUCCAACAUAGUUCUUCAAGAUGAUUUUAAGUGGAUUCAUCGAAUCAAGGUAGCUCUUGGGUUUGCACGCCUCCUUGAUUUUUUGCAUGAUAAAGGACUUUGGGUUCACAACAUCACUCCGGAUCAUUUACUGGUUGACCAGGCUUUCAAUCCAAAACUAUUUGACUUUAGUAUGCUUGUUGGUGGAGUUUUUGGUGAAAUUUCUGACCAUAAACGUGAAGGGGGAAGUGCUGGCUAUAUUGAUCUGCAUGGUGCUGAGAUAGGUGAUAGGUCGGACAAAACAGAUGUCUUUGCGUACGGUGCUGUACUUCUGGGGCUUAUCACAAAAACAGUGUAUGAUGGAGAGGAGCAUUUUCGUCUGGGAUUGGAGCAUUUAAUUUGUUUCUGGGCCUGGGUAGAGUACAAUAAAAAACCCAAGUCUAAGUUCUUAUUGUUUCGCAGCAAAAAAGACAUCAAAGAGAUCGCUCGCACGUACUGGGGAGUGUACAAAGAACGCAAGUCUAAGUCACUCGUGCACGAAAGCCUUAGGAGUGAUCCAUCCUUUGAUGCUGGUGACGGAGUUGAAAUCACAAAACUGGCUAUUCGCUGCGUGCAACGAAGCUUAGAGCAACGACCAACCAUGAAACAAGUAGUUUCUUGUUUGAAAAAUCUCAAAUGUUUUGGUGAUUCUCAUGCCAUGAGAAUCUGACCAACUAUGAAUUACAACUGUGGCGGUGUGGGUUACAGUAAAUUUCUUCCCUGCGAGUAUGUGCCCUUGAUAUGGUGCUGUGCAACUUGCUACUGCAAAAUGUUUAGGACCCCUGACUUUGGCCUGGUCUGUUUUCCCGUUCCUUUCUAGCAAUAUGUUAAGCUCACCGAUGUGGUGAAUUUGAUGAAUUUGAUGAUAGUCGAAGGACAUUUCUUAAAA